UCAGCUGAGCAACCAAGCAAGUGCUAGCGGGCGGCGGCGGUGGCGCGGGCAAGUAGUCCCGGGUUAAUACAAGGAACCUUGGGGAGGAAAGCCAAUAAGCAACCGUAAAUACAUAGUCGUGAAAGAGCAAGAAGACUCCUCCCCCCGACUCUUUCUUCUCUUCUUCCUCCUACCGGGCUUGCUUGGUUAUUUGUAUGCGGGUUUUUGUAUACGUGUGGACGCCAGGAGUUUCUUUUUUGCCUUCCCUCGCCUCCAAGAAAGUUCCGGGUGCUGAUGCAAGAGGAUCUCCUCCUUGCCUGCCCCGGUUCUCUUUCUUCUCGCACUGACGUUCUUAGUCCGCCCUAAACUUGAUCCGAUCAGCGCGGUCAGAAGAGAGUGUGUGGAAGGAAGAGGGGGCGGGGGCGCACAGCGCUCUCGAGUUCUCCGUCGCCCAGAGGGAAAGGGAGGCCACAGGGUGAACAGAAGGGCCACUGGAGGAGAGCACGAGACCUGGCAGGUACUAAGAAACAGUAGAUGUAACUUUGAAGAAGUACUGUCGGUAAAAUGGCUUUAGCUGGCUGUCCAGAUUCCUUUUUGCAUCAUCCAUAUCGGAUAGACACUGUUGAUCAGACAUCAGCACAUACACGGCGAGAUCUAGUGGAACCUGGAUUCCAAGAACAAUCAAGUCGCAUCUCAUUAAGUCACCAAGGAGAUGAUGAUGUGGACUUGGAAGCUUUAGUUAACAAUAUGAACUCCUCAUUUGAAAGUCUGUGCUCCACCUUCAGUAUGCAUUCAGAAAGCACACCCCUCCUUCAGAAUGGCCAGCUAAAUCGCAGCCAGCUGUUAGCUUCGGGAACUCAUUUGCAGCAUCCAGUGUCUCCACGACAGAAAAUACAGAGGUCUCAACCAGUCCGCAUCAUGGCAGUCAGACGUCUGCAAGAGGAAGAGCAACAAUUCAGAACAUCCUCUUUGCCUGCCAUUCCAAAUCCUUUCCCUGAACUUUGCAGCCCCACAAACUCACCUGUGUUGGCACCUGGAUCUCUACCUCAGAGUCAACCUAUGAAUAAGCAAGAUAUAAAAGUUUUUAGUGAAGAUGGGACUUGCAAGGUGGUUGAGAUCUUAGCAGAUAUGACAGCCCGGGACCUCUGCCAGUUGCUCGUUUACAAAAGUCAUUGUGUGGAUGACAACAGCUGGGCCCUAGUGGAGCAUCACCCUCUCAUAGGAUUAGAGAGAUGCUUGGAAGAUCACGAACUCAUUGUUCAAGUUGAGUCUACCAUGGGAAAUGAAAGUAAAUUUUUAUUUAGGAAGAACUAUGCAAAAUAUGAAUUCUUUAAGAAUCCUGUGAAUUUUUUUCCAGAACAGAUGAUUGCUUGGUGUCAGCAGUCAAAUGGCUAUAUUCCACAAUCACAACUCUUACAGAAAUUUUUAAAUUCAAGUAGUUGUCCAGAAAUUCAAGGGUUUUUACAUGUGAAAGAAUUGGGAAGAAAAUCAUGGAAGAAGCUGUAUGGUUGUCUGAGGAAAUCUGGACUUUAUUGCUCUACAAAAGGGUCUUCAAAGGAACCAAGACACCUGCAGUUGCUAGCUGAUCUUGAAGACAGCAAUAUCUUUUCAUUAAUUGCAGGCAAAAAAAUGUACAGUGCACCUACAGACUAUGGCUUUUGUAUAAAGCCCAACAGAGUAAGAAAUGAAACUAAAGAAUUAAGAUUGCUGUGUGCUGAGGAUGAACAAAGCAGAACGUGCUGGAUGACUGCCUUCAGACUACUCAAGUAUGGGAUGUUGCUGUACCAAAAUUACAGAAUUCCACAACAGAGAAACAAUUUGCUUCCUCACUUCACCACUCCUGUGAGAAGUGUGUCUGAAAAUUCCUUAGUAGCAAUGGAUUUUUCUGGACAAAUAGGAAGAGUGAUUGAAAAUCCAGAAGAAGCACAGUGUGCAGCCUUGGAAGAAGGCCAUGCCUGGCGGAAACGCAGCACAAGAAUGAACAUUUUGGGGAAUCAAAGCCCACUUCAUCCUUCCUCGCUGAGCACAAUUAUUCAUAAGACACAGCACUGGUUUCAUGGCAGGAUCUCAAGAGAAGAAUCCCACAGGAUUAUUAAACAACAGGGCCUUGUGGAUGGGUUAUUUCUUCUUCGGGACAGCCAGAGUAAUCCGAAGGCAUUUGUACUUACAUUGUGUCAUCAUCAAAAAAUUAAACAUUUUCAGAUUUUACCAUGUGAAGAUGACGGACAGAUAUUUUUCAGCCUGGAUGAUGGGAGCACCAAAUUCACUGACCUAAUACAGCUUGUUGAAUUCUACCAACUAAACAAGGGAGUUUUACCUUGUAAACUCAAACAUCACUGCAUCCGGGUGGCCUUAUGACCUCUGUUCCAGCCCAUAACUGGCUUUGUUCCAAGAAUGGAGAUGGAAGAGAAAUAUUGUUGAAGAAAGUUGACACUGGGACAUUAGCCAACUUGUAGUUGCUUUUAAGGAACUAAAUGUACCAUCAAAAUUAUGCACCUAGGGGACUUGGAAAGGGAUGCUUGAGCUGGUGCCAACAGUCCAAGAUUUUGCUCUUUUGUCUAAAUCCUAAGCCUGAUUGCUGCUGAGUGUCCCAGCAACCCCCACAAAACUGGGAAAGGUUAUGUAAAAACACUAAACAAAACUGGAAAUUGUCCCUUGGCUGGUCCACUUAACAGAGUCAGGUUUGUGAAGCAAAAUUAUUGAAAAGAACUCUUGCCCUGGAAUAAUCUUGACAAUUUAAAACUGAGUAUAUUUUCUUUUUGUAUUGAUCACUCUCUUUAUAUUGUUUUUUGUCGCUCUCUAUUUUUUUUGCACUCCUUUUGGAUAUUAUAUUUAGCCUAUAUUAGCUGAUACAGUUUUUAAAUUUAUGCCUGAUUUGGGUGUUCUAAAUCCUAUACUGCAUGAAUUGCUUCAUCCUAACAAUAAUCCAAAAGACAAAAAAUGUCUUCUGACUUUUGAAACUAGAUGCUCCGCCAUUUGCUGAUGUUGUUGAAGAAACAAUAUGGAGACAAUUCUGGGAAGGAAAGAACAUCCCACCAGUGUAUGAUUUUUAAAAUAAUGGCUGUAGUUUGUGUGUAUGAAAGAGGACUCUGCUUCUAUGCACAGAUGUUUUGAACCUGUUUUAUUUUGAUUGCCUCCUCCCUCCCAAUCUGCUGGAGCUCCUUUUUCUGCACAUAUCCCGUGGGAAAAUCCACUGUCAGUAGCUAGUUCAGAGCUGAAUGAUAAUAUAUGUAUUUGGAAUCACUUGGCUUUUUUCUGUUUAUUUUAUUUUAUUUUAUUUUAUUUUAUUUUAUUUUUUGGUGGGGAGGGGAGGGGUUGUCAUUUAUUUAGUCUAGAAAUCAGUGUUUUCUAUUUUUAGCAUUAUUUCCUUAACUCUUCAGAAUGUAUUAUACAGCUCCAGUGCACAUAUAACACUGCCUAGUCUUCUAACCAUAGUUAGGAGUUUAAGAGUGCUCUGUAAGUCUGCAUGCUCUUUCCAUUUAUUUUUUCUCUGGACGUGCAUUUUCUAAUAACCCAAGCACAAUUCUGAUUUUAUGUUUCUUUGCUUAUUGAAAAUACUGUUGUAGGUGUUACACAAACUAUAAAUAGAAUCAAAAGUGAAAACAAAGGAGAAGUGCCCAUGUAGCGCUCCCAAUCUUCCAAGUAUGGCUGGGAUAUUGAGGAAUGCUCCAGCAGCAUAGAUGUACUUUUCCUAAGUGAUGGCAUGAUAAAUAUGAUUGUCAAUGAAGUAAAUGUGAGAAAUGCAGUCUGAUCACAUGCUGCUGGAUUGCCAAAACUUAACACUGUGAGCUUGUUCAAAACUGUGGACAUCAUCCCUCAAGCACUGCUGCACAUUCUCUCCGUCCAUUUCAGUCUUGCUGUAAAAGAGGGCAGUGCACCUGCAGCAUUGCAAUAACUGGAUGACUAAUUUUUAUUUGGAAAUUAUAUGUUCAGCUGUCUCUGCCACAGAAGGACUUGCCAUUGACAGUUCAGACAAUUGAUCCUUUAAGGUUUAUGCACUAACAUUUGCAUGCCAGUAUCUGCAGCAACUAGAGAAACCUUGCUUCAGUCCUGGUUCAUCAUCCUACUAUUAGUCCUGAUUUAGGCUCCCUAAAUCCAUACACUUAGAAUGUUAAUGUGUACAUAGCUAUGCAGAACAAAUAAUACUUUAUUUCUCUUGAAAGGCACAGCUUUCUAGCUGUAAUUGGGGGAAAAUGUGGCAAAUAAAAAGUAUGCCACUGAAGUGUCAUCUCUGUCAGUGUACUCAUAUUGGCUCAUGUUUUCUAAUUCUAGAUAACUGUGUGCAUGGAGAUAUGCCAUGUGGAGGGUUUUAUAACAUCGGAAUCAAGGCCAAUGCUUGUGAAUAUUUCAGCUGUUCCAUGUUUACAUAGCGACACUUCUUUCAUUGAUAGCUUGCACUUAAAUAAGGUCAAUUAUUAUGAUUAUCGUAAUUUGGGGAUGAUAGUAAGUGCAUAUAGGAAGUGUUUUGUGUUUUAUAAAUCAAGAAGUAUGUUCCACCCUAUGAAUGUUCAGAAUUACUUGCAAGUGAAAUAUCUUCUCUCUCACUCUCUCCAAAAAUCUUGAACCUUUAUAUAGGUAUUAAUAUUAAUUAUUGCAUGUAACUAAUAGCCCAUUUGAGCAGUUGAAAUUGAGUACAGUUAUUUAUUCACAGGAUAAUCAUAUACUGUUGAGAGUAGCUUAAGACAAUAUAACCAGCUUGAGUUAUGUAUAGCAGAUGAAAAAACACUGUAUUUUAGUUUACAGAACAUAUCUACUAGAGGUUUUUCCAUGAAAUGUCUACAUAUACAAUGAAGAAACUUGAUUUUUGUUAGAAAUAUCUUGGUUAUUACAUUUUACAUAUUUUGUCAACGCUUGUAAGGUAAGCUAACAUGAGUUGACUUAAUACUGCAUAUUUGUUCCACCUAGAUUUUUUAAAUGGACUUACAGGAUUUUUUAAAAUACAGAUUCUCAAGUUUAAGUGAGGUUGUUUGAGUUUAUUAAAAAUUACUGAAAAUUUUUCAGUAUCUUAGUUACACAGUUUCCCAGUGAUAGCUUCAUGUUAUAAAAAUUACAUUUAAUUGAAUUUGACAGUACAAGUUCUGAUUAUGAUGAAUUUGAAUGCAGAGGACAGACUAUUUUGUACUACCUUCAGAGUGGUAGCUAUAUUACUUGAGCACACCAUUAUUGAAUUUCUCGGCUUUGCUAGAAAUGUACAAUUUCUAACACAUCUUAAACAGUACCAGCAGAUACAGCUGUCUAACAAUUUAGGAAAUAAGGAUUGAAGGAAAUUUGAUUUUUUAAAAAAAUAUUUAAAUGACAUGAAUGUAAAGAGGGAUGCUCAGGGUUGUUUCUGGAGCCUGUUGAUUUUAUUUUAUUUUUGCCUGUGAUUGUUUUGUAAAUAAAAUAUGUCAUAUAGCAUCUUGUAAUAUGUUAAGAAGGAAAAUGCCAAACCAUUUGGCAAUUUUUUUUAAAAAAUAGGUAAGUUAUAUUAUUUGUGUUUUUUAAAAGUACAGCUUUUUAUUUGUUGAAUUAAUCUUGAAGAAAUAUGUGCCUCUAUUUUUAGAUUGUUUUGUCUUAACUUUUCUGCACUAAGUACCUGACCAUUUUGACCAAUCAAUGCACCUUUCCAGUGGCAAGACUUGCUUAAAUUAUAUUGUCAUAACACAAGACUUUAUUGUGACUGUAAAAUGGAAUAAAACUUAUCAGGGAAUGCAAAAGGUAUUAACUUAAGGGACACAACCUCUUAUUCAAUAUGCAUUGCUUCAUAUUGUAAAUAGCUUUUCAUUUUUGACUAGUGAACUUAAUUGUUAUCUUUCAGGUAUUUUUGUACAAAACAAGGGACUGGUUAUAUUUCUUGUACUUAGAAAUAAACAUUCAAACAAUGGUAUUCAUUUUAUACUGUUGGUAAAGUUUCAUUUGGUUUUUUUCAAAGGGGCAUAUCCAAUGCAAUACUACAGCUGUAGGUGAUUGUACUGCCUGUGAACUAUUUUUCCAUUAACUGGAGUAAAUACAUGUAUUCAUUGUAUUUUUUUUUUUAAUUAAGAGAUUAAGCUACUUUCAGGGCAACUGCCAUUAACAGAUGUGGAAUAUACAAAAAACCGUCAACAAUAUCCACAUUAUGCUCCUUUAAAUGAACUAUGCAUUUUGAUCAAGAUGAAACAAAUUAAAAAGACCAAAAUAAAA